CCACAAAGGCACACAACUUUUGUCAAUUACACUUUAACAAAGCUGAGGGAAGCAACUCUUUUUUGGGCACAGCAUCCGGCUUUUAUUUACAAACUUUGAGAACUUAGCACCUUGAUCAAUUAAAUGGAAGGGAGCGCUGUGGAGAGAGGAUCCUCCCCAGUCCGGGAAGAGAGACGGGGAAAGUAGGCAUAGGAUGCCUGGGGCCCGGCUGCCCUCGCUCCCAGGCCCUGCAGUCUCAUUUGCCGCUACCGACGCGUAACGCCGGCGCACUUGCGUCCGGGACGGGUGACAGGCGCGGGGUGCGCCAAGCGGUCCCAUGUGCCCUCUCCCUCUCGCGGCCGCCGCAGUCGCCGCGCCCCGAGCCCCGCUCCGGCUCCUCGGCAGAGGGCUCGCCGCUGCCAUGUCUACAGCCCGGCCACUCAUAUCCGUGGACUACGAGGUGUUCGGGAAAGUGCAGGGUGUUUGCUUCAGAAUGUAUACAGAAGGUGAAGCUAAGAAGAUAGGGGUGGUUGGCUGGGUGAAGAAUACCAGCAAAGGCACCGUGACAGGCCAAGUGCAGGGGCCGGAAGACAAAGUCAGUUCCAUGAAGUCCUGGCUGAGCAAGGUUGGAAGCCCUAGUUCUCGCAUUGACCGCACAAACUUUUCUAAUGAAAAAACCAUCUCUAAACUUGAAUACUCUAAUUUUAGUAUCAGAUACUAAUAGAAGAGAAAUAUUGUAAAGCUUACACUCUGCAACAGAUAUUGUAUGUUGUUAUAAGACUAUGUAUAUUAGAAUAAUGAUAGCAGAGUAGGCUAAAAAAGAAACUUUCUGUUCUGAAAACUUGCUGAUUGUAUGUAUUACUAAAAAUGUCUGACACCAAAGUAAUUUUACUCAACUGUGUUUUCAACAAGCAAAAAUAUAGAAUUCUAAGAUUAAAAUGUCAUUACAAGAUAUUUAGUAUGAACAUUUAAACUUGUAUCAUGAAAUCUUUAAUUUCAAUGAAUAUUACAGCAUAUAUGUUAUUUGGUGAGACAUAACACAAUAAAGUUAACCAUUUAAAAAUUA